AAAAUCAGUACAUUGUAGCGUUUCUAUGACCAAUCUGUUCGCACGCUUCCACGUAACAAAAUUUGAAUUUUCCAGCUUUCAUGUUCCAUAAAAAACAUUUACUAAAAGAAUCAAGAAAAAAAAAAGAAAGAAAGCAGUGAACUGGGAUUUUACAUCUUCGCACGAAUAUUAUAUAUGUUCUCCAGUGUAAGCCGAGACUAAAUUCCUAUGGAUUCGUUCAUUGACAAUUGUGCACGAUGGUUUUCUAAUUAAUUAACGAUCAUCAACGACUGGGGGAAAUGACCGCAUCGAAACGAAAAUAUCGCACAACUCUUUGAUGAAAUUAACUAGAUGACUUGGAUCGGCCAAUUCCCCGCUGACGAAGAUGCCUUUGCCAAAUAUUCUCCGAAAGGCGAGCAGUUACAUUUUAGGCGAUUGCAAUCAAGACAAUCGUCGUACAAUGUACCAGGACGGGGAGGCGUUAUUCUGUAAAAACAACGUAUGCGUUCAUCCGCCAACAUUGAUGAGACAGAACUCUGACGUGGUACAUCAUCCCGGCUACAUGGCCAUAACCUGUAGAUUCAACAAAAAUUCCAAUGUACCAACUUUACAUCUCAGCUGGAUUCCUAACAGUACUCUACGGAAACACCCGACGACUUUAGAAAAUUUAAGCGCAAAAAAGGUUGACUGUAUCGUUCAUCGGGAUGCUGAUAGAAGUUCGCAUCACUCUCAGAUAUCGGAAGAAAGCUACGACUUGAAAUCUGACUACGAGAAUACCAGCGAGAAAGUUGACGUCUGUUUAGAAGUGAAGGAACCAGUGAAUUGCGGGGAUUGCGAACGCGUUUGUUCGGGUGGAUUUCCACGGAAUGCGCGCGACGAGGUACGCGACGCAAAUUUGAAAAAUGAUGCCAGAGAUAAUUCAAGCGAAGAUCAAAAUGUAUCGGAAACCAAGGAAAGAGACGCUAACGUCAAUCGUCGAGUGGAUUAUUAUCAGUCUGAUAAUUCAUCGGUUACUAUACACGAAGAUAAUGAUCAUAGUAUUAGUUUAAAUAGACUGCGUUCAGAAUCUUUAGACUGCAAACAUGGAGAGAAUCAAAAGGAUCAAAAGAUUGAAAGCCAGGAUGUUGAUAGAAAGAGUACGGAUGAAGAGCUUAGAUAUCCUUAUUGCGAUGAUGUUAGCUUUAAAAGUCGUAGUAUGUCGUUAACCUCAACGUGCAGUUUAUCUGUUGGUGUAUCAUCAGAAGCUGAAGAGAUUCCAUCAUGGAUGAGAUCACCUGAACUUCUGGCUUUGCAACAUAACCUUACAUUUCCUGAAAGUGCAACUGCUUCCCCUGUGACUUUGCGCAGAGCACACAGAUGUAGAAGGUUUUCGGUGGAUCUCAGUGAAAUGAGAUCCCUGAGAUUAUUUUUCGCCGAUCCAGCCUGUACCUCUGGUCAAUUAGUAGUUGCGAGUAGAGAGAGUCAAUAUAAAAUUUUGCAUUUUCAUCACGGUGGAUUAGAUAGAUUGGCUGCAACUUUGCAUCAAUGGCAUCAGUUGCUUUAUCCACGGUUAGAUACAGAUACAGAGGAAUCCCUUCCGUACAGGCAUUUUAUGGUAUGCCGACCAGAAGUGAGCAGGGAUGAAUUGCAUCCGGAAGAAGGACAAGUGCCAAUGAUUACAUCCUUGGCUUGGAAGGAUUUGUUAAAUGAAAGGGGUCAAGUAGAAGAUGAUCUUGCUCUUAGAAAAGGAAUAUUUUUUGGUGGAUUAGAACCAGCGCUAAGAAAAAUUGUUUGGCCUUUCCUUCUUCAUUGUUAUUCCUAUCAAAGCACUUAUGAUGAUAGAGAACAAAUCGAUGCCAUUCGUAGGCAGGAAUACGAAGAGAUACAAAAACGUAGAUUGGGCAUGAGUCCAGAACAAGCAGAAUACUUCUGGCGAAAUGUAGUGUGUAUUGUAGAAAAGGACGUUGUUCGUACUGACAGAGGAAAUCCUUAUUAUGCCGGGGAAGAUAAUCCGAAUAUCGAAGUAAUGAAAAAUAUUUUAUUAAACUAUGCAGUUUAUAACUCUCGGUUGGGAUAUACCCAGGGUAUGUCUGAUUUGUUGGCUCCGUUAUUAGCUGAACUUAAUUCUGAAAUCGAAGCAUUCUGGUGUUUUGCUGGUUUGAUGCAAAGAUCCGUAGCCGUAUGUACACCUACCGAUGUGGAUAUGGACAGAAAUCUAUGUUAUUUAAGAGAAUUAGUUAGAAUAAUGGUACCCGAUUUUUAUGCACAUCUUCAGAAACAUACAGAUGCCUUAGAACUAUUAUUCUGUCAUAGAUGGAUACUUCUGUGUUUAAAACGAGAAUUCCCUACCGAAGUGGCAUUGGUAAUGUGGGAAGCUUGUUGGGUAAAUUAUUUAACAGAUCAUUUUCAUCUAUUUCUUUGCCUUGCUAUAAUGUGCGUUUACGCAGACGACGUGAUAGCGCAAGAUCUUAGAACAGAUGAAAUGCUGUUGCAUUUCAGUUCUUUAGCUAUGUACAUGGAUGGAAACCUGAUAUUGAGAAAAGCUAGAGGCCUACUUCAUCAUUUUCGUCAACUGGUUCGUUUACCGUGCACAUUAGCCGGACUUUGCCGUCAAUGUGGUCCAGGAAUGUGGGAUAGCACUCAUGACCCUGUUAUAGAAUGCGUGGGUCACGACGAUGCACCCUGUCCGUACUUAAACAAUUACGAAUAACGACCUAAUCUAAUGAAAGUGAGAAAAAUAUUCUGCUGUUAAAGGUUUUUAAAUUAUUUUUACCUUUGAAUAAGUAAAUUAAAUGCAUGUAAAAUACAUAAGUUAUAUAAAUUGCAGUUGACUAAAUGUUGGAAAUAUUAAUGAAAGUAAUAUAACUCGUAUAACAUUUUUAUGAAGAAAUUCUUAAUUAAAUUGAAAGCCAAAAUAACAUAUAUGAAAAUCUUAUUUGCCAUAAUUUUAUAAGUUUUAAAUACCGAUCUAGAAGUAACUGGGAAAUGAAAUUUGAUAACGCGUAAGACACUAAAAAGACAUAUCCUAAAAUUCAAUGUUCAAUGAAGCUUAUCAUUUAACGUAACGUCGACAAAUUUUAAAAAUAAUACCGCACCUACAAUAUCCAGUAAAACAAAAAUAUUCUAUAUUAACUAGGUAGAACUCGAAUGAUCAUUAAAAGAGUUCUAACCGAAAACGUAGUACAAUUAAAGACUGAUGACCAAAGAAAAAGAAAACGGAGUAGUACAAGCAUUCUAACUUUAAAAUAUCCAGGCAGAUAAAAAGCUCUUUCACUGCAUAAUCAUUAUAUCAUUUAUUUAUUACACUUUAAAGAUGUACCAUUCUUCAGUUUGGUACAACUUUCAUGAAUUGAGUGAUCAGAGAAUCUAAUGUAGUAUCAAUAAAAGAAAUCAAAUGUAACUCGAUGUAAGCAUCAUAAAUAUUUAUUACAAGUCCGUUCAAAUUUCUUGGUCAAUUAAUGUGUUCACUUUGGGAUAUUCACUUACGUGGUAUUUUCACUAUCUUUUCUACAAGAUUUUAUUGUUUAUUAUACGUAUGUGUUACACGUAACGUGCCACUUUUUAUUGUGCAGUACAUUUAAUUUUGUACUAAUAUUGUAAUAAUAAUUUACAUAGAUGGUGUGUAUAUCUUGUUCAACAUUUGUUUCUAUUAUUUCGACUAUACCCAAAGUGCGUUUAUGCUAGUCCAUUUGCUCAGAAAAAAAAA